AAGCUGCCAUACACAGGAGGGGAUAAAAGGCAGUGAGAGCUGUAUAAGGCUCCAGUACAGCCUCAGCACAGACCCAAAUAUCCUGUCGCUCAACCCUCAAGAGCAUGGAAGCCAGUAUGGACCUUCUCCAUCACACUGGCAUCCAAGCCACACAUUAUCUCCAAACAAGCUACCCAGGAUCCCAGGACUUGUUCCUCUUUGUCUCUUUUGCUGCCGAUCUCCGAAACACCUUUUUUGUUCUCUUCCCCAUCUGGUUCCACCUCUGCGAAGCAGUGGGUAUCAAACUCAUCUGGGUGGCUGUGAUUGGUGACUGGUUGAACCUCGUAUUCAAGUGGAUUUUGUUUGGACAGAGACCCUACUGGUGGGUACAUGAGGCCAGUUUCUACCACAACACUUCAGCUCCUGUGAUCCAACAGUUCCCAAUGACUUGUGAAACUGGCCCAGGUAGCCCCUCUGGCCAUGCAAUGGGUGCAGCUGGUGUGUACUAUGUGAUAGUUACAGCCAUCCUCUCCAUCAUGCUGGGAAAGAAGCAGCCAUCAUGGAAAUACCGCUUCUUACAGGCCAUACUGUGGACCACCUUUGGAGCCAUCCAAGUCUGUGUCUGCCUGUCUCGUGUCUUCAUUGCUGCCCAUUUCCCCCAUCAAGUCAUUGCUGGUGUCUUCUCAGGCAUGUUGGUGGCUGAGUCUUUUCAGCGCAUACACUCCAUCUAUGAUGGUAGCCUGCGGAGGUAUUUGGGUACCACCCUUUUCCUCUUCUCCUUUGCCCUGGGAUUCUAUCUACUCCUCAAGGUGCUGGGUGUGGACCUCCUGUGGACCUUGGAGAAAGCCAAGAGAUGGUGUGACCAUCCAGAGUGGGUGCACCUGGACACCACACCUUUUGCUGGCCUCCUGCGCAACCUGGGUGUGCUCUUUGGGCUGGGACUGGCGCUUAACUCCCCAAUGUACAUGGAGAGCUGCAAGGGGAAGCAAGGGCAGCAGCGGACCUUCCGAAUGGGCUGCAUUGGGGCAUCGCUCCUUAUCCUCCAUCUCUUUGACUCUUUUAAGCCUCCUGCCAAAGUGGAGCUGCUCUUCUAUCUGCUCUCUUUUUGCAAGAGUGCUGCUGUGCCCCUGGCAGCAGUUGCCUUCAUCCCCUACUGCGUCUCCCAGCUACUCAGUCAGCAGGACAAGAAAACUGACUAGUAGUGAAGACUGGAACUUUGUAUGGAACCUAAAGAGAGACACUAAGAGACCUCAGGGCAAAAGGACUCAGCUUUUGGGGACCAUCUUAAACUUGGUUUUCUGGGUCAUUCGGGUCUUGUGGGUCCCUGUUUGGGUCAUGGCCUUUGCUGGAUGGAGAGUGAGGCUGACCAAGCUGCCCCUUAACAUACCCACUGUUAUUACCCAUCUGGUACUGCUAAUAGGUGUGAAUGUCUGUGCUCUUUAGAAAAGAAGCAGUCCAUCACCAGCCCUCUUGACUGCCACCAGGAAAAUCAGUUACCAGCUUGAUGCUUUCUGCCUGAGGUCACCCAAAUGCUCUGUAAGAAAAAUCUUCCAUUGCAUAUGUUGGUGGUGGUGGUGGCCCUUGGGGACAAAAUCUAGAGUUUUUCAGCCAGGACAUCUCCAAUUGACCACCCAGAACAUAGGGCACUAUGGCAACCAUGUUAGCACUAGGACCUGGUCCCGUUUGGGCAUGACAGAGCCCAUUAAGGCUGAUACUGUGUACUGCAGUUUUCAUUCUUCCUAUUUUCAUAAAAACAUUUUAUAGUAAUGGAUGGCCAGACAUGCAUUUCACUUUGUUACAGAUGUUAAUUUUAUUAUUUUUAUUUUUAAAAUAUAGUAUAAUUUUCUACCCAUGAAACAGUGCUUUUCCCAAAUAAAUGUGUUUAGUAUCAGGGUAGCAGAGACAAACUCUGUUUUAUUCCUAUAGACAUGAUGGUGCUAUGAUGUGGAUUUAAAAUCGAAAGCAGACAUGCUCAGAAUAUUUUUCAUUACUUUUUAAGAGGAUUAGAAACUCUCUCUCACAUACACACACACAUGCACACACACACACACACAUUUUAAGACAUCAGGAAUAUAGAAGCAGUUGUAAAGCACAGAAUGGCAAAACUGGGGAAACAAACAUUGCAUUUAUGAUGCAUAAAAAAUGUUAUACACAUGAUCAUAAAAAGCUGGGAGGAUCCAUAACACUGUUAAACUCAGGGUCCAAAUGAGGUAAGAAUCACAAAACCCUCCAGAUGUUGUUAGACUACAGCUCCCAGCAUUCCUGAUCAUCAGCUAUGCUGAUUAAAGCUGCUGGGUCUUGCAGUUGAACAAGUUCUGAAGGGCUGCAUGAUUCCAACCCUGUCUACCCAGCAGCACCACUGAUGCUGCUUUGCGGCAUGAUUGACAAUAGAAGAUCAGGAAAGAAAAGCUCCUUAACCAGUGUCAGUCCAUCCCUGACAUAAACCAGUACUAGCUCAUAUCUUGGGGAGCAUCUUCCAAAAGUUCAGCUGCCUAAAGCAGUGAGGUCAAAUGGUCAGCCUUGUACAUUACAGACAAAACAUGGAAAUAACCAUGUUGACCAGGGGAUUCUGGUAGCUAUAAACCAAAACAGUAACAUUUCCAAACUUUUCAUAUGGAGACUUUUUAUCACGGGAGGCGGGGUCACUGUAAUAUUUUCACUUGGAAAGGAAGUAGUGUUGAGGAAUCUACUUCUGCCUUUUGCAGUCUGGAAAUAGUCUAUAUAAAUGUCUCUGUACCAUUGUGCCUAGACUCAUUUGUUAUGAUGAAUAAAGCAUGUCAUUUGUUUCAUUUGCAAAAGAA